GUGAUGACGUCAGCGUUACCGUGGAGACCGGGACGCCAAGGAACGGGAUGGCCGAGAAAAAGAGAUCGUCAGCCCCCAAAGCGCGACGGGACAAGUCGCGCCCCCCCGCCCGGGCCUCCCCCCGGACUUCCACCCACUCUGACCACACGUCCUCGGCCGAGGGCGGGAGGGGGUCCCCGCCCGGGGAACCCCUGGACGUCGAGGACAUCCUGGCCGAGCUCCUGGACCGGGUGAUAGCCGAGAGCGUGCGGGCGGCGGUGGCGCGGCAGCGGGUGCCCUACACGGUGUCCCGGGCGCGGGACGCCAUCCUGUGUGUCGUUGAGUGGCGGUUCCUGGCGCGGGACGAGGGGGACCCCGACCCCGACGAGGACCCGGACCCCGAGCGAGCCCGAGCCUGGAGCGAGGACGAGGAGCCCCAGCCCUGCACCCUGGACACCGGGGCGCAGGGCGUUGUCCCCGUCCGGCUGGUCCCUCCGUCCCUGGGAGAGGUCCCGUCUCAGGAAUCCCCCUUGACAGACGAGGCUUCCUCCGACCAUCCUCUCCGGGCCCUCGACGCUGUCACCGUCCCGGCUGUCCGUCUGUCCCGGGGAGAGGUCCCCGAUGCGAAGUCACCGAGCCAGGACCCCCCCGCAGCCACCGGAGCUCCCCCCGCGGUUCCCGGCCGGGUCCCCGGCGCUGUUCCCACCCUGCCCGCGCCAGGGCCACCCCGCCCGAAGCCUCCCACCGCCCACCGGUCCCCCGACAGAGAAUCCCGUCCCUCGCGGCCGCCGCGGCCCCGCCCGGCCCCGCUGGGCCCCCCCCGGCCCCCGGCCCCUCGCCCGGCCGAGCCCCCGGAGCCCCCGGCGCGGGGGGAACAGCGGGCAUCCCGCGGGGCCGGGCCGGGCGACCAAGAGCCAGCACCGCCAUCGUCCCCCCGCGCCAGCCUGGGCUCCCUCCAGCCGGGGAGACCCCCUCGCGGCUCGGAGGGGCCCGGCCCCGCCCCGGUGGUCGCCAGGCCGGGUCCCCGGCGCGGCUCCACGCGGGUCCGGCCGCAGGUGAAGGUGCUGGACGUGUUCACCGAGCCCGAGCGGCCGCGGCCCCGCGCUGCCCCCCGCGCCAGCCGGGCACCGGAGACGGGGGGCCGUCGGGGCCAGCCGCCCCCGCCGGGGCCCCCGCAGCCCCCACCGGGGCCCCCCAGCCCCGAGCCCCCGCCGUGUGACUCCUGGCUGAGCUCGGCGCUGCUGGCGCCCGGGGUCACCGUGCGCUGGGCCGGCGGCGAGCGGCGCGGGCCGGGCACGGCGGGGCACGGCGAGGACGAGGAGGAGGAGGAGGAGGGCGAGGUGAGCGAGGCCGAGCGGGAGCUGAGGCCCAUCCUCUCCGUCCCGGCGUUCCGGCUCGCGUCGGACGGCGAGCGCUGA